GGCAAAAACAAGUCGACCCCAAGCCGUAGCGUUGUUGGUGCUAAAAGUUUCAGUUUUCAACAAAUUUUUGCUGAUUUUUCCCUCUGAUUUUGUAUUCUUCUGCUGAACAUGAAAAACUGACACCAGAAAUGUCGGACUCAUCGAACGACGACUCGAAAGACUUCAAUAGCAGCGAGGUGUCCUCGACCUGCAAUGUAGGACGCCAAAACCAGCCGGUCGAAGAAGGAGCGUCGACGAGCGACGUCCCAGUGCCGCGUUCCUUAUCCCCAGACACUUCCGAAGCGGCAAACGCGGCCGUUGAUAACCAGGGCAAUGACCUGACCUCAACAACCGCCGAACCCAGCAGAGGCGAGGACGCCAAAUCGACCAGUUCAGAAGAGUAUCCAGACGCAGACGUGUCUGGUAACGUGACUGGAUCAAAUGAACGUGCCUGGCCGGUUGAGGAAGAGGAGGAGCCUCCGGCCAGUUCAUCGGGGACUCAGGCAGUGUCAAAGCCCUGGCAGAUGCUGGUGUCUUAUGACAGCACUUCAGACGAGGAGGAACCAGAUACAGAAACUGCCUCCGCGUCCGAAUCGAUUCUGACAAGGGAAAUUUCCACUACUCAAGAACCGGAUGUUUCUCCCAAUAACGGACAAAAUGUAACCGGUUCCGGAGACGCUGUCCGAGAUGAGGGCGCUUCUAGCUCGGAGAUGAGACUAGAAGGUAGUUCUGUAUCUGGUUCGCACGAUUUCAAUGCUGAAGGGGAAGCUGGCUCGUCUUCGAAUGUAGAGGAAAUUUCUGAAGGACAGGACGAGCAACUCACCUCGAGUGGUAACAACAACGAUGGAGUUGAGUCCAGCAGACUCAACCAACCUGAAAUGGAAGUGGAGGAAGAGGAGGAGGAGGAAAUUCUCACCUCCAGUGGUCACGAGGCCGAAGCUGUGGACGACCUGGUCGUCUCGGUGUCCGGUUCAGACGAGUUGGACCAAGAGCCCCAGGCCAACGUCCUUUCGUCCUCAAACAACAUCAUCGCGUCUCUGUUGACGGCCGAGAGACCGGCGAGUUCGGAGGCUGACCCCCUCGGACCUCAGGUUCAGGUUAUCCGACCUGACUCUCCUUCAACUGGUAGAUCCAGACCGGACGUUUUAGCAGGAGGAUCGCGAAUUCUAGAAAUUAUUCCGCCACAGCCCAGCGUAAGUGGUGAAGUUCGAGUGAGCGAAGAAGCUGCUCGGAGAGUGUCUUCAGCGUCUCAAAGACCGCCGAUGGGAAUUUCCGUUCUGGCACAGCAGCUGCGAGUCUCCUCUGCUGGCCAGGGACACUCUGCUCUCAUGAGGCAGCUCAUUUCAUCGCAAAACGAAUCCGCAGUGGGAAAUAGGUGUGGUCCCGACAGCACAACUGUGGACCAGAGUGCAGCCAGCGCUGCUGAAGAAGUUAGCACCACCGAGGAAGACCAGACAGGCCAAGUGAGCACCUCCCAGCAAAGAGGGUUAGUCUCAACAUCCUGGCCGGCUGCCUCUGGCGUUUCGUCCAGUGCGGACAGUCCAAUAUCUACGAGCAACAACACUCUGAGUGGCCUUCUUGCUUCAAGGUUGACAAGAGACCCACAGGUGAGCACAAGCAUAAAUGCUGCCCACCGACCACGAGACAGCAGUGAUCUUCGAGACAGCAGUGGUGCAAGCAGCACAACCUCUGGGCUCCGAGGUCUGCUGUCCACGCCAGCCAGAGUGAGCAAUUUCAACAGAAGCAACUUCAGUCCCCCAACACAGAGCGUCUCACCGCCCUCUCUGGCCGAGCCAACAGACAACGCCAUGGGUGGCCAUCAGCCAGACGGCGGCUCCAAUUUUAUUUUGUCUCCCCAGCUUUCUCCAUCUUCCUCACAGAGGCCUAAUGAGACUCACCAGAGUUUUUUGGCCAUGCAAUUGGCUGGACCUUCGAUGGCAACCGCUCCUGGAGAUAAGUUCCCAGGAGAUGAUAAGGGUAAAAAGAGGAAAGUGUCUCCUGAUAGACCCCACAGGCGAUCUCCACCUCCACCUGCUGGUCCAAGCCGAGACCUAAGUUCAGCGUCACCUCCUAGUGCUUCUUUGAUGGAGCAGCUGAGAAAAGCUGGAGUUAUCAUAACACCAGUUCCAAAAUCUGCGCAACCGGAUUCGGAACCAAAAAGGAAUGACGUUGAGGGUCGUCAAGAUGUGCAAAUCGACGUUCAGAUCAGCCAGCCAUCGACAAGCAGACAAGCGGCUGUGCCAGUAGAAGAAGACUGUGAGCCCAUGGAUGAAUCUUUGGACUUGAAUGAGAACAAAGCGGUCAUGGAGGAAGAGGACGAGGGCCAAAUGGUUUUGGUUGAUGAGGAAAUUCCAUUGACUGACACGCCGGAAAAGAAAAGGCCAGGAAGGAAAAGGGGUAAGCGGAAACCGAUCGAACUGAAUCCGGAAAUGUUGCGAACAAAGCGGCCUAGAAGAGCUAAGGAGAGGCACGAAGAGGAGGAAAAGGUGAAAGAGGUGCCUAAAAAGGUGGAACUUCCCCCACCUGUUGAUGGAGAAACUCCGGUAAAGAAGAAAAGAGGGCGAAAGCCAAAAGCUCUUCUGCUUCAGCUGGCUGCUGAGGCAAAAGCAAGAGAAGAGGCUUUGGCCAAAGAAAGGGCUGAGAAAGGCAUCACUGAGGAUGAAGUAGAAGAUAAAGAAGAGAAGAGUCAAGAAAAUGAGUCACCUUCCCCGGAGAAGAAGGGAGAUAAGCGGCAGUGGCGGAAAGGAAAGAGGGAGCCAAAAAAGACACCCAAAACUCCAAAACCAAGAACUCCAAAGCCUAAACCAGUCCGUGAAACACCAAGUGGUGCUCAGGACGAAGAAACAAGAAUGAGCGCCACUGUCGAGGACAGUCAGCAAAGCAAGCCUACUGAUUCGGCUCCAAGAAAAAGAUUUGUGUUGCCAAUAUUGCAACCACUGGAAGUAUCAGCUGAGGAUGUUGCCGAAUAUCAGUGGCCGCCAAAUGACCGCCUGGCGGACAUGUAUAUGCUUCAAGAACAAAUCGCGCUUUUUCUUGGUGUUAAGUCUUUCAAGCGGAAAUACCCUGACUUGAAACGAAGACCAGUAGAGCCCCAAGAACGAGAAUACCUGCAAGAAAGAGGAAUCGUCUCUGAGUCCAUGUGUGAUUUAGGCUUAACUGCUGUGCUGAGCGCAGAGGUCUUGGACAUCAUGUCCGCUGAUUAUCAUGAGAAGUAUGAAGAAUACAAGCGAGCCGUCAGAGAACGAAUUGCGAAAGAAAUGCAAAACAAAGCAAAAGCAGUUUCAGCUUUUAAACCAAUGGAUGCAAAAACAAGGGCCAUGCAGUCUGCAGCCAAGUGGAAUGCCAGUUUUAAUAAGGAGAGACGAGAAGAGCGAAGGUGCUGCUGUGAUUUGCAAACAAUGACCUUCCAAUUCCCAGAGCAAAAGAGGAAGACUGUAAUGAAUAACGAGAAGCCCGCUCCAGGAGUCUACCCUGUUGCACUCAUCCCUGGACAAUACACGGACUAUUACAAAAACUACACUCCAACGGAGCUGAAAUAUUUGCCAAUUAAUACAGUCAUGUAUGGCCCACUGAGGCCAAAUGAGCAGCUAGAGGAAAGAAUGUCUGAAGCCAGCCAGUCCGACUCGGAAGGUUCCUCCUCUUCAGAUGACAGCUCAAGUGAUUCAUCGAGUGAAGGAUCAGCUGAGUCUGCAGACUCAAUUUCAAGUGCCCCUGAACCAGAUCAAGAAAACGUGGUCAAUGCACCACCAGCAGGGACCAAGUGUCGAACUUGCUCAUUCCCUGGCACACCAGAAAGCAUGGUCACUUGUUCACAAUGUAGCACACACGGGCAUCUGCUUUGCCUGGGCCUAAAUACUGACAUGCUGUCCCACAUCAGACGGUACGCUUGGCAGUGCACCGACUGCAAAACUUGCAUCCAAUGCAAAGAUCCGGCUGAUGAAGAUAAAAUGCUCUUCUGUGAUCUCUGCGAUCGAGGCUACCACAUUUACUGUGUUGGUCUGAGAAAAGUUCCAGAGGGCCGAUGGCACUGCAAAGUUUGUGCAGUCUGUGGGUCUUGUGGGAGCAUCGACCCGUCUGGAGCUGACACUCCACAGCCAGCGCCUCCUCCGAACUCUCCCGAAAAAGCUCCCCAGUGGCAGCACGAAUACAAAAAGGGUGAGAAGAAUAACAAAAUCUAUGCUCAGACGCUGUGCAUUCCCUGCUCAAGGCUGUGGCGGAGGGGGAGCUAUUGCCAACAUUGUUUGCGUUGUUACUCGAAAACGGACGGCACGACCAUGGUCAACUGUUCCAUCUGUGACAAGUGGAUGCAUGCAGAGUGCUGCAAGCUGGCGCCCGGCCCCGAGCUAGCUAAGCUCAAUUUCGUGUGUGAGAACUGCCAAGAGGGCAGCCAAGUACGAGCAACCCCAUCCAACAGAGGACUCCUGAAGGUGUUGACAAAGGUCCAUUAGCCUACUGCACAAUUAUUUAUUCAAGUACUUCACUGGUUUUCUCAAUUCCAUUAUCUCUGGUGUACAGGAUCAAUAAAAGUUGUUUUUUUAGUAAAAUAACAA